AUGUUGCUUACAUGGAUUCUCUUUCUCGCCAUCUUAUCCUUCCAUUCGUUGGUGCUGGCCGCUUCCCAUAAUACACGCCCGACUUACGACUACAACCACAAGGCGGACAUCAAAUUCGUCUUUCACAAACGUGACAUCGACCAAAAUAAGACUCGAGAUGCUCUAGUAGAACCUAUACCGUAUAAUGGUAGCAUACCGCUCCGACUAGAGUUCAGGGAGUUCCAGAAAGAUUACGAAGCAUGGAAUUUGUACCUGCUGGCUCUGAGUUGGAUGCAGUGGGCAAAUCAGAGUGAUCCUGCUUCCUGGUAUGCCAUUGCUGGCAUACAUGGUGCCCCGUUUGCGGAUUACGGUGGUGUCAAGGCAUUACCUGGUCUCAAAUCAAAUGGAUAUUGCACCCAUGUCUCUGUCCUAUUUCCUCCAUGGCAUCGACCUUACUUGGCUCUGUACGAGCAAACCAUCUCCGGAAUAGUCAAGAUGAUCGCAGCAUGGUAUCCCGAUGGCAGACGUAGUGCCUUCCAGAAAGCGGCCGAAGACUUCCGUAUCCCAUAUUGGGACUGGGCUAUGAAGCCUCCCAAUGGAACAAGCGUCUUUCCACUCGCAGUUGGGGGGUCCUCAGAAGUAGAAGUCGAUGGACCAAAUGGAAAACAGAACAUCAGUAAUCCCCUCUUUAGCUACACCUUCAAACCGUUAGAUCCUGAUAUUUUCGAAGAGUAUCCCUUCAUGUACUGGACCGAGACGAAGCGGAGACCAACACCCAUGCAGGCGAUCAAUGCCACCUCGGACAACGGUUGGGUAGCUCAGAACUUCGACAAAGACCUGCCAAAUAUACAACAGCGACUUUAUGCCCUCUUUGCCAAUUCCGGGAAUUAUAGCAAUUGGAGCAACGAGGCAUGGAUUCCAGACGGGAGCAAUUCCAGUCUCGACUCCAUCGAAUCUCUCCACGACACGGUUCAUUUGACUUCCGGCGGAAAUUUUGGUCACAUGUCUAUCAUAGCCUACUCUUCGUUCGAUCCCGUAUUCUUCCUACAUCAUGCAAAUGUCGAUAGAUUGUUUGCAAUGUGGCAGGUUGUUUACAACGAGUCAUGGAUUGAGCCGACAAAGGCUAUUCUGCCUACACGGACUAUCAGUGCCGGCGACAAUCAGACUUCGCUGACAGAUUUGACACCAUUCUUCUACAACGAAACCCAUUUCUGGAAUUCCGAUCAGGUCCGUGACCAUAAGAUUUUUGGCUACAGCUAUGCAGAUGUCGUUGGCGGAAACCGCAGCGAGGUGAUUGCCGCCAUCAACAGGCUCUACACAGAUUAUAGUCCCGCCACAAUGCAUUUCCUAACCAAGCGUGACUCUAGCACAAAAAUUGGUACUGCCAGUACACAUAUGGGGCGGCAAGGUUUCAUGGAAUCAAUCGUCAGAAAUGGCACAUAUCAAGAAUACACAGCAAAUAUCCGUGUGAACAAGUUCACGCUUGGUGCGUCUUUCAGUAUUCACUUUUUCUUCGGCGAAAUUCCUUUGUUUCCAGAAAAUUGGGAACUUGCAAGCACCAAGAUCGGAUCUUUUGGUGUUUUUGCAGGUGGCCACGCACACGGCAUGGAAGCUUUGCAUAUUGGAGGGACAGUACCGCUGACUUCAGCACUUGUCGACUUGGUGUCUGUGGGAAGACUCUCUAACCUGGAAACUGAGGUCGUCGAGCCAUAUUUACGCGAGAAUCUUAGAUUCACCGUUAUGCACAUCAACGGGACAGCAGUAGAUCCUAAUGCCGUCGACAAUCUGCAUAUAAGUGUUGUGUGCUCUGCAGUUCAAACACCAUAUACCAAUACGGAGCUGGCAAGCUGGGAUGGAACGAAAACACUCUUCACGAUACACUGAUCAAUGGUUCUGCGCAAGUGAAGGAUAUACUCACACAUCUUUGUUUGGUGUCAUUUUUCAUUUGGUACAUUGCGUUGGAGGUAUGGUGUACUCAUUUGAUGGUUGCAGAUACC